AUGGAGAGCGCGUCCGAGACAGCUGCGCUGCAAGCGCUGAUUGAUAUGGACGACGAGAUUGAUUCCGAUACCCUGGAUGAUCUGGAAGAAGAAGCGGAGCGGGAGAUGAUGGAAGAGCUUCAGCGAGAGAACGAGGAAGAGGCACACGACAACAACGCGAUCGCCGAGCCGGCCUCUUCUCCUGUUAGCGCCAGCUCAUCGGACGAAGAGGAGGCAAGCUCGACUGAUAUGGUCUCCUAUGAGUUUGGCCCUCUAUCAAAGGAGCACGUCAGUGAAGUGCUGAGUGAUUUACGGAAGUACGGGCUCAUGGAGUGCCUCCGCCGUCAUAUUGUCCCUGCCCCCUCCAUGAUCCUAUCCUUGCUGCUAUCGCUAGGGGUCACGCUGCCACGCUCUAUGAUCGUUGCGGCGGAAGAUGCGCCGUACUCUCUCCUUCCCAUUCUCAAGAUGGUGCUGACGCGAAUCCUUCGACAACGGCAGAAACUACCUCAGUACAAUACUGUGGACGAUGUUUUGGACUUGCUGACCAAGAGCAAAAAGAUUGUCGUGCUCUGCGGCGCUGGCAUUAGUGUCUCCUGUGGCAUCCCUGAUUUUCGCUCCAAAGACGGUAUCUAUGCCAUUCUGGCAGCGGAGGACAAGUAUGAUCUAGAUGAUCCGUCCGACAUGUUUGACAAGGAAACAUUUCUACGGGAUCCGUCCCUGUUCUUCUCGUUUGCUCACUCCAUUUACCCGGCCAACUAUGAGCCAUCCCCUUCCCACAGAUUCGUGCGCAUGCUGGAACAGCGUGGCAAGCUGCUGCGCAUGUACUCACAGAACAUCGAUACACUCGAGCAGAAAGCCGGUAUUGAGCGUGUGAUCCAAUGCCAUGGCUCGUUCUCGACAGCGACGUGUACGGACCCACAAUGCGGCUACCAUGUCGAUGGACGUGUGAUUCGUGAAGAUAUUAUGGCGAAGCGAGUGCCGCUGUGUCCACGAUGCGAAAAACGGCGUGAAGAGGCUCGGCAAAGGCAAAAACGUCGCAAACUCUCCCAUGCAAGCGACUCGGACGAGGACGAAGACGACGGGUUGGCGUACGGCGUGAUGAAGCCUGACAUUACGUUUUUUGGCGAAAAGUUGCCUGAUGCAUUUGAAAAGUGUGUAUGGGCCGAUCGCAACGAGGUGGACUUGAUUCUCGUGAUGGGCACAUCGCUCAAAGUCGCGCCGGUGGCUGACUUGCUGAGGCACUUACCGUCGUCGGUGCCUACCGUUUUGAUUAAUCGUACACCAAUUACACAUAUGGCUACAGAUGUUAUGUUAUUGGGCGAUUCUGAUCCCAUUGUAGGGUACUUGUGUCAGCGUCUGGGCUGGCCGUGGGAGGACUCGAAGAAGCCUGAGGAUACGGUAGAUCCGCAGCAGGCGCAGGACGCGCCCCACAUCUGGCUCUUCCCUUCGGCAGAGUAUGAGGUAGAGCCAGGGCAGGCUGCUAUCAUGCCUGUCUUGCCUGAGGAGUGA